UCUUUUAUAGUUUCGCUGAAUUAAUUUAGCCCAGUUAUUUUUAGGACAUUCCUAUGCUGCCUAUUUGCACAGCAGUGGUGAGCUGGUUUCCUGUCUGCUGUUGCUUCCAUUGUUCAGACUUCUCUCCCCGAGGGCAGCUGCUGGUUGGUGAAAUACCAAACUCACUGCACUUUCAACUGUUGUUCUUGCCACCCCCGAAAUAAAUGCGUGUGGAAAACGCUGACGCGGUUUCUAGGUAUGCAUGUGUAGGGCUUUGUGUGUAAGAGUGUGAGUGUGUAUGUGUAAGCUCUGCUUUGAGGAUUGCAAAUCCUGGGCUGAAACAAUGGGAACAAUGAAAGGUGACAGGCGGGAGGGAGAACUUUUGAGAGGGGCCAUGGGCCUCGGGUUUGCGUGGCACAAAUUAAAAGGUGUAGUUGCAAUAUCAGGCAGUGAAACGGAGGAUGAUGACACUAUGGAUGUCCCACUGGAUCUUUCCUCAUCUGCUGGCUCGGGCAAACGGCGGAGACGUGGCAACCUGCCCAAGGAAUCUGUGCAGAUUCUUCGGGACUGGCUCUAUGAGCACCGAUACAAUGCUUACCCUUCAGAGCAAGAAAAAGCGCUGUUAUCCCGACAAACACACCUUUCCACACUACAGGUCUGCAACUGGUUUAUCAAUGCACGCCGCAGGCUGUUACCUGACAUGCUGAGGAAGGAUGGCAAAGACCCAAAUCAAUUCACUAUCUCACGGCGAGGGACCAAGCUUCCCGAGGGUGGCCUGGUGGAAUCUGCCAUCAGCCCAAAGAACUACAUUCCCCUGCUGGAGGAGACCUCCUUCCUUCCUGCUGCCGCACCGCUCGGCAAGACUGUGUCCUCUUCCAAGCCGGCCUCCCCGGGCUCGGUCCUGGCUCGGCCGUCAGUGAUUUGCCACACGACUGUGACUGCGUUGAAAGAUGCCCCUUUCCACUUUUGCCAGCCAGCUGAUGUAGGCCAGACCACGGACCUGCAGCAGCCCCCGGCUGGUGGCUUCACAGAUAACCCCCUCUCCUGCCACGAGGACGCAUCCAAACUGGGACCUGGUGCAAACACACAAAGUGGGCUCUUUAACACUCCUCCUCCAACACCACCAGACCUUAACCAGGAUUUUAGUGGAUUUCAGCUUCUGGUGGAUGUUGCACUCAAAAGGGCGGCAGAGAUGGAGAUGCAGGCGAAACUUAUGGCCUAAAUCCCCUUCCUUCUCCUUCCCCGUUUUGUUUUACCAGGCAGGGAUCUAACAGCUGUGUGGUUAUUGCCACCCACACGAUAUCAAAAGACUUCACUGCAUUAUUAUUUUUUUUUUUUUAUUAAUCUUAUUUGCACAAGGGGAUUGCUGAAAUGAAGCUUCCUGUCACUGAGAUGGUCUUCAGUGGAAUACGGUCAUUCCAAGAAUUAUAAACUUAAAGCUACUGUAGAAAGAAAGGAUUGUGUGUUUUGUUGGGAUUUUUUUUAAUGUUUUCUUUGUAGAUUUUUUCAUAAUGUGAGAUGUUUCCCAAGAUCAUGUGAUUUGUUUUGUUUCCUUCAGACUGUGCAAUAUCUAGUAAUGACAUAGAGUCUUCUUAUCAUUCCCAUGUGGAACGGAAUAUACCGACACGCUGUCUAAAUUUUCAAAUUUUUUUUAACAAUACAAACCUUGGAUGAUCAUGCUUUUUUUCCCAUAAUAUAAUAAAAUAUUUUCUUUAAAAGUGAUGAAUACAGAGUAUUUUGUUGAAUACAAGAUUUGCAGAAAACAUGAAUUAGCCUUGAAAUAAAUGUAAGUGAGAAAUACUUUUGAGCUCAUA